AUGGCUCCCCCACAGCCCAAGGCGGCAGCUAAGCCUGCCGCAGCCCCCGCGGGCGGAGUUAAGAAGGCCAAAGUUGGCAAACCAAGAAACUAUGACCUGGGUAAUGGAGUUGUUCGCUUCUCCAAGACAAAGAUGUUCCACAAGAAGGCUAAGUACAAGUUCGUUGGUAAGAAGAACCCUAAGGCAGAAAAGCCCAAGAAGCCUACAGUUGUAGUGAAGCAGAUUGGUGGUGAGAAGAACGGAGGCACACGUACUGUCCUGCUGCGCCGUAGGAAAUCUUUCUACCCCACACAGGACAAGAUCGAGAAGCGCCCCCACCACCUUACAUUCAGUAAGCACGUCCGACGCACCCGGCCCAACCUCACUCCAGGCACCGUCUGCAUUCUGCUAGCGGGUCGUCAUGCUGGGAAACGAGUGGUACUCGUUGCUGUAUUACCUAGUGGACUACUGCUUGUUACUGGACCAUUUGAGUUCAACUCGUGUCCGCUAAGAAGGAUCCCUCAACGUUAUGUCAUCGGCACUUCCACUAAAGUAGACUUGGGAGACUUCAAACUGCCAGCACAUUUAGACGACGCUUACUUCAAGAAGAACAAGAAGAGCACCAAACGCAGCGUCAAACGCAAGCAGGGUGAAGACAUCUUCGCCACAAAGAAAGAGAAAUACGUUCCAUCGGAACAGCGCAAGGCGGACCAGAAGCUCGUAGACGAGGCGGUAGUGAAGGCAAUCGGCGCGCGCGCGGACAAGAAGCAGCUGCGCGGAUACCUGAAGUCAGCGUUCGGCCUGCGCUCCAGCCACUACCCGCAUCGGCUGCACUUCUAG